AUGAGAAUCGCGAAGAAUUCCAGCAACAUUAACGAUUUUAACUUCUUUCUUCUUUACCGCAUUGAUUAUCGUACAUCAUUGACAGAUAUCGUUACAUGCAAGAUAAAAUACGAAGAAGGAUUCGCAAAUAUUUUCGGUCACGUAUUUACGAAACCCGAGGUAAUGUGGACAGAAGCUGAUAAAGCACUUGUCGUUCCAACAGACUACAGUCUGUGUAUUGGAUUUUCCCUCCAAACGGGUACUUUACUUUUACUACAAUGUUUCUGGAACUAUCUUGCCAAUUCCGUUGCCAAAGCAAGUUUCAUGAGCAGCAAAGAAUUCAUGUUCUAUAUCGGCUGGACUGUGCUGAGCAUAAUCAUGUUUCCUAUUGUGCAAUAUAACUUCUCACGUGACAUUUACGAUCCAACGUAUAAAGAAGUUUUUCCAGAACUUAUCUACGGAUGUGAGUUAUUUGUCGUUGCAGUUCUUGGUGUAAUUUCUCAUUUCCGUUUCAAAAAGUUGCUCAAUAACUCGCGCGAGUCGAAUAAUGCGCGAUCCAUCACUCACAAGAUUCGUUAUUUCCAAGAGCUGAACUUGCUUUUAUCGAUUGUCUUGUUUAUCGAUUCCGUGUCAUUCAUCAUCCUUAGCGCUGACGGGUUGACCGGACGCAAGUAUUUAAACGCACACAAGUUCUCUGCUGACAUUUUCAUUUGCAACAUCAACGUAACGUCGGUCAUUACAUGGUUUAUCGUAAUUCUGAUUUUCCAUCCAAAACCAACAAGCCAAGGAACGACGACAACCCUACCAGCACCUACGCAAGACUUCUUAUCAACAGGCAAACAAUUUGAUACGUACACGGGAUCGCCCAUCCUGAUGCCACAGGGCUCUCAAGCAUCCAGUGAGUUUAUGCAUUACACAAAGUCCGGUUCCGUCAUUGUUCCCAUGGCGAAUCAACCUAGUUAUGCGAGUGGUACGACGUUCCAAUUAAAUCCGCUCGCAACGAUCCCCACCACUGACCAGAACCAUUACUACCAGUCGUCACAGAAAAACAAAACCAUGACACAUUCAACUACGCCGUCAACAGCAACACUCGUUUCUACACCUGCAACAAAGCAACAACAACGUAAAGAUGGCGGCGGUUAUUCUCCAGAAGAUAUGUUUGCAGCGAAUAAUAAUAGCCACAAUAACAGACCCGUAUCGACAACGCCACCGCAUCCUGCCCUCAACAACAACAAUAACGCCAUGCCAGCGUUGAACGAAUCUAACGUCACGGCUGUGAACCAUGAUGCCGCUUCGGGUGAUUGGGAAUCAACAGUGGAUUGGCCUAUGCAACAUGAACCUAUUACCUCAGGAACUGGUUCAGUGAGACAACAACAAUCAAACUAUUUGCAGCAGCAACAACAGCCAUACGAAAGCGUUCGUCGCCAGAAAUCUGACGAUUCGAUGUGGCUUCAUCAAUCACCUCGAGGCGCCACAAACAACGGUGGCGUCAGAUCACCUUAAGGCAUCUGCUGCUUGCUGUUGUUACUUUGCAUCAUCGACGUUCGGUAUACUCAUACAGCAGUUCUCUUCCUUCACACUUUAGGAAUCACUUAUUCUCUAACCUUUCUUCCUUUCUAUUUAUUUCCUCUACAUUUUUUACCUUCUGCUUCGAAUUUUCUCUGUUCUUUCCCGACAAAGUUCUCGCGUAGUAGCAAUGACUUUUCAUCUCGUUCAUCUGAUUUCUUCUUACUUUAAAGUAAUAUACAUAUCAUUAUCUAUAUUCCACAUAUUAAUAGCU